AUGUCGCAGAUUUUCCCAUCUUCUCCAUCCUCUUCGACCGAUGAGCACGAUGAUGAUAUCCUGCACCUGACACCGAAUAUUACCAGCAUUCUAGGGCGUGUAGGUCUUUCCGCAGAAGAUAUAGGAGGACGACAGAUCCACAAGUUCAGAGAAUACGAAGACGGAAUGGAAAAAUGCAACUUCAUCUAUGCCCAAGAAAUAGGCAAAACUUGGCAGUAUCCGUGGUGGAUAGUGUCUCGUCGGAAUUUGUUGGAUGGAUUACGGUCGCAAUUAGUAACCAAGAACCGGCACGGAGUUCAUCAGUAUAUCAUUUCAGAUUACUGUGAGAUCGUGGGUUUAGAAACCGAGACAGGAACUCUAACCACGGAAAAUGGAGAUAUGUACUCGGCGGAUUUGAUCAUUGGAGCAGAUGGACAACAGUCUAUUACACGUCGCCUAGCUAUAAUAGGCGAGGAUCCCGUUCCUAGUGGCUUUACAACCAUCGCAAUGUCAAUUCAGCAUAAACUAUGUACCUCAAGCGCAGCAGACGAAGGGGUCCUGGUUAGGCAGAUCGACGGCGAUAGGAUUAUACAUUCAUGUGUUGGUUCAAAGGAUAGUGUUACUCACAUAAUGAGCCUCUGCCGCGAUUCCUUUGACGAAGAUAAGGAACAUUCAUUAUUUGGGUCCUCACAAGGUAUACAGCCUUUGAUGAGACAGGGUAUUGAGACUUGUAAACUAUCGAAAACAAAGCACUAUAUAGCUAAAGAUGAUCAAACAUCCUCUGGCCGUUUUAUACUGUUGGGAGACGCAGCCCGUGGGAAAAUCGAAGGUCCUUUCCAAGAAUUGAGUGCCAGUAUGAGCAUUGAAGAUGCGGUCUCGCUAUCUGCUAUGCUUCCAAAAAACACACCGCAUCAGGAAAUCCCCGCACGGCUGAAACUUCUUCAAGAGUGCCGAAAGGCCCGUGUAGAGAGUGUUAAAAAACAGUUGCAUAUUGCUGACAAUAGUAAUAAAAAGGACCAUCAUGAUCAAGGUACUGUCUAUCCUGAAGGCAUGCCACAAUGGAUGAGUACAAUAUUUGGUUAUGAUGCAUGGCAUCAUUCUACCCAACAACUCCGAAACUGGAUAUGGAAUCAAGAAGAUUGCCCAGUGUACUGGAGAGCCCCAGUAUCGUUCGGGCCAUUGCCCGGGCCCCGUCAAGACUGGCUCGGAAAUCCUCACGUAGGUGAACACUCGACUUUUAAUACGGCCUCGAUUCGUUUUCAAACAUCCCGUGCCAUUCUAGACAAUCUCCUUCCCAAUUCUUCAUUCCGGUUCAGUUCCUUGGGUACAAUUGCAGAAGCAACAAUUAGCUGCAAUACGAUUGAUCAAAUGGACUGGCUUGGUGGAGGCGGUUAUGAUAUGCUAGGGCUGACUUUGCACGGGAUCCAGUACACGAACAAAGAAGGUAACGUCCUUCAAGGGAGCUUUCUAGUAGUUCUCUUUGAGAACUUGGCCGAUCCUAUAUUAACCGGCAGAGAGGAACUUGGUUUUCCUAAACUCUUCGCUUCGAUUGACGUAUCGCGGACCAACGAUUCUGUACAGGUUAGGGCAGGCUGGAGGGGUCACGCGUUUGCUCAUCUCCAAUGGGAAGACUUACAGGAAAUGCACACUGUUCCACAGUCCUCGUAUAUGUUUUCAGAGGAAGUGCCGAAACCUAAAGAUGGAGGUCUUUUAAUUUACCGUUACAUCCCAGCGGUGGGGUGCCCAGGAAAAGCUGAUGCUGAUUACACGGUUGUCGUUCCACCACCAGAAAGCCCUCCACGCAUCAGACGCGUUCGCAAGGCACGCACGGCGCAGGUGGCAUUUGACCCAUUAAGCUGGCAGGAGUUACCGACGCUGCAUAGUGUCGUGUCAAGAUUAGCUGAGAUUCCGGUGCUCGGUGUGCUAGAAGCAAAAGCAGUCGAAGGAACAGGCGUGCAAGAUUUAAGUGAUGCUUAUAAGCUUCUUUGA